GACGCUCGACGAAAGUAGCAGGCUCGCAAAAAGAAAUAACGAAAAUUCGAUAAUACCAAAAGUUUAAAGCGUACGAAGUGGUUUGUGACGAAUAAAAGUGACAACGGUAAACGUCUAAAUAGGUGAACACAAAUUAAUUUGGGACGGUCCCAUCCUUUACACUAUUACAGUGAUUACACUAACUCCGACUAAACGACGCCUGCAACAUUGUUGUUAUAUUUGUUGUUGUUUUUUCAAUUGGUGGUAUUGUUGUUGUUACCUAUACUCGGAAUCAUUUGACCACAUUCACCUACAGGGUUGUAAAGAACGCUUAUCAAGUAUUUGAGUCAUGUCAAGUCAAUCGUCGAUCAAAUCAGACGUAACAAAUUGUUCAGCAACAGAUAACAAUGAUCUUAUUGAUUUAGAACCAACUAAAGAUUUCGAAUGGACUUUAUCACUUCAGAGGUAUUUGCUAAUAAAUAUGAGACGUUUAAAGCCUUGUGGAAUUAACAAACACCUAAGUAUGCUUCUUCUAAAAGAAAAACUUAAAAAACAAUUCAAUAUUGAUUUACCAAAUAUGGUUAUAUGGGAUUAUUUGGAAAGUAUAUGGGAUCUCAGAUCUGCUGAUAUUAUAGAAAAUAUAAGUUUUGAUACUAGUAAGAAAGAUUUUGUUUUACCUGAAGAGUUUGACCAGUUAAUUGCCGAAGAAGGAGAAAAAAUUAAAAAACUAGAAAAUGAAAAUUUAAAUGAUGAAAUUAAUAAGAAAAAAUCAUUAAAUUGGAGUGGUAAGACAAGAUCUAAGUCUAAUUCUAUGUCCUCUGUAGACUCAAAGGAAGGUCUUAAUGAGACGAUACCUUCAACACUAUCAGAAAGCCCUCCAAUUAAAACAAGUGAAGAACGAUCUGAAGAUGGUCCAUGUACAAGAAGAUCAUUGCGCACAAAUGACAAACUAGAAAAUAGUAAAUCUGAUGAAAAAAACAAGUCAAAAGACUUGAAACAACAAAAUAAAAAAGUAUUAAAUCAAUCUAAAGAUAAUAUAGAAAAAAUUGAAAAAAUUUCAAAUUUUAGAGGUCGAAAAAGAAAAACUAGAAAUGUAUCAGAAUCGAGUUUUAGUUCUGACAAUAGUAAACAACGUAAGAGUUAUAAAAAUAAUUUAACAGAUUUAACAAUUUCAGAUAGCUCGUCUAGGUCGGUAACUCCAGAGAUUUUGAGAGGUAAAACAUCAAAUCGUUCUGUUACACCUGAAACUAUAAGUAGAAAAUCGAACUUACGUUCUAGUGAUGAAGACCAGAAAUCAAAACUUGCAUUAGAAAAAGCUUGUCAAAAAGUUGGUAAUAAUGUUGAUCAAGUUUCAUCAGAAAUAAAAACAGAACGUCUUAAAAAUGAAAAGCAACCUACACCUUCAGUAGAAACAAAAUCCAAAAGUUUAAUACAAAGUAAAAAUGAAACAAAUAAUAAAGUUAAAGGUAAAAUACGUAAUAGAGUAACUUCCGAUCUAUUAGUUGUUCAACAAUCUCCAGAUAUACAAUCAUUAGGUAGACGUUCUUGUAGCAACAAAAAUUUAUAACAUUUAUAAAACUAUAAAUUAAUUCCAUAUGAAAGACCUUUAUAUUAAAUCAUUU